UAAGAAAAAAAAAACAGAGCCUUUGAGAAAAAAAAAGAAACCUUUGAGAAAAAACUUCAUCUUCUUGAUUUUAGAGUGAAGAUGGAGCAAAAACCAGGAUUUGGAUUUCGACCAACGGAUGAGGAGCUGAUAAGUUAUUAUCUGAAGAACAAGAUUUUGGGAAACACAUGGCUCGUCGACGACACUAUAAACGAGAUCAACAUACUAAAUCACCAUCCCUCUUCUUUUUCAUCGUUGUCGAAGAUCAAAUCGAACGAUCGUGUAUACUACUUCUUUGCUCGUAAACAGUACAAGACCGCGAAGAAGAGGAAGAGAAGUAUCAAAUCUUGGAAAUGGAAAGUUGGUGGUCUAGUUACGAAAAUUAAAGAUGAGAGUGGAAACAAGAUAGGGAAAAAACGAGGUAUUUUGUUCGAUGACCUUGAUGCUCCUAAAGCCAAAGGGGAGAAGAGUUCUUGGGUUAUCCAUGAGUAUCAGAUCACUUCCUUGCCUCAUCCUAAUCUGGAUUCCUAUGUUCUCUACAAAAUAUUUGAUAACAAUAGUAAAAAGAAGGCAGACAUUUCAAAUGGUAAUAGCUCAAGUGAUCCAAGUCAAUCUUUGGUUUUCGAUAUGAAUACAAUCAGAGUGACUACUAGCAUACCACCAGAGGUGAGUCCUGUUUCUGUAGUAAAGUAUAAGGGUGAAGCUGCAGACAUUUCAUAUGAGCCAAGUCGCUCCGAUUCGAAUACUACCAGAGCGAUUAACAGAGCGGCUGAGCCUGAGCUUCAGGUUGAGCAGCCAGGUAGAGAAAAUUUCUUGGGUAUGUCUUUAGAUGAUUUGGAACAAGAGGAUCCAAAAACUUGCUUGCAGCCACAAGGUCCUCACUUAGCCUUGAAUGAUGAUGAGUUUAUCCGUGGAUUGAGGCAUGUUGAUCGAGAACAAGUUGAAUAUUUGUUCGCCAAUGAAGAAAACAUUGAUGGUUUGUCUAUGAAUGACUUGAGAAUCCCAAUGAUCGUCCAACAAGAGGAUCUCUCUGAGUGGGAUGGAUUUAAUGCAGACACGUUUUUCAGCGACAACAACAAUAACAACAACCUUAACGUGCAUCAACUAACGCGUUACGGAGAUGAUUAUCGGAAUGCAGGUUAUAACGGAGGGAAUUUUGAAGGCGUGCAUCCCUAUCAAGAAUUAAUAAUGCAAGAGAACCGCAACGAUCACAUGCCAAAGAAACCUUUGACAGGGACCAUUGAUUAUAGCAGCGAUAGUAGCAGUGAUGCUGGAUCGAUAUCUACAACGGUAACACACAUCACUCAUAAUGGAGGGAACUUUGAAGAUGUGUUUUCUGAUCUAGAAUUCAUAAUGCAAGAGAAUCACAACGAUUACAGGCCAAAGAAAUCUUUGUCAGGGAUCAUUGCUGAUUAUAGCAGUGAUAGUGAUAGAGAUGCUGUAUCGAUAUCUGCAACGAGUUACAAAGGAACAUCAAGUCCAGGUGAUAGUGUUGGUAGUUCAAAUAGGCACUUUCUCCAGAAUUUCGGAGGUGAGAUUCUAUCGUUGAGCAAAGAUACACAAACUUCUGAUGAACCUUUCAUCAGUAGAAAGACCCGGGAAUCUCAACUCGCACGGUGCACCAAACCAUCAAAACCAGAGGUUACACAAGGUAUGGUGAAGACAGAGAAGAAGGGCUUGUUUAUUACAAAGGAAGCAAUGGAGAGAAAACGCGAGAAUUCACCGUAUAUCUAUCUCAUUAACAUGAUCAUAGGCUUCGUCCUCUUUCUGGCUCUCAUUAACGACAUCAUAUCAGUUUAACUAAGCAUCAAUUCCUAACUAGUCACUCUCUCUGAACUUAAAAUUCUUCUGAAUAUAUAUGUGUGUCAGUGUGUAUUAACUAGAGAUGAGACUCAAUUGUUCUCAGCCUUUAUAGCUUACAGAUUUGGUUAUAGGACUUUACAGUGUCUGUUUCUCUUCAAAUUGGGAAUAUAUGUUGUUUGUGUCUAAA